ACAAGAUCGAAACAGAGUUUCAGAAGAACUUCUAAUGGUUGUCCAAGAAAUGAAAAAAUACUUCCCAGCAGAGAGACGCAGUAAACCAAGCACCCUAGACGCCCUCAACUAUGCCCUUCGCUGCGUGCGCAGUGUGCAAGCAAACAGUGAAUUUUUCCAGAUUCACAAUCUAAACAGAGCAUCUGAGAGGGAAGUGACUGUGUACAGUCUGAAGGAGCUGGCCACUGUUGCUUCUGAACACACUUCUAAGAAUACAGAUACCUUUGUGGCCGUGUUUUCGUUUCUUUCUGGAAGGUUAGUGCACAUAUCUGAGCAGGCUGCUUUGAUCCUGAAUUGUAAGAAAGAUUUCUUGAAGUCCUCUCACUUUGUUGACCUGCUUGCCCCUCAAGACGUGAGGGUGUUCUACACACACACCGCCCGAGGUCAGCUUCCUUUCUGGAGCAGCUGGACCCAAAGAGCAUCGCAGUACGAAUAUGCUCCAGUGAAGCCCUUCUUCUGCAGGAUCCGUGGAGGUGGAGGCAGAGAGCACGAGAAGCAUUACUCCCCGUUCCGGAUCAUCCCCUAUUUGGUUCAUGUACAUAGCUCUACCCAACCAGAAUCAGAACCUUGCUGUCUAACGCUGGUUGAGAAGAUUCACUCUGGUUAUGAAGCUCCUCGAAUCCCAGUGGAUAAAAGAAUUUUUACCACAACACACACCCCAGGGUGUGUGUUUCUUGAAAUAGAUGAAAGAGCAGUGCCUUUGCUGGGCUACCUCCCUCAGGAUCUGACCGGAACCUCUGUGUUAGCAUGCCUGCACCCUGAAGACCGGCCUCUGAUGGUCACCAUGCACCAGAAAGUCUUGAAGUAUGCAGGCCAUCCUCCCUUUGAACACUCACCCAUUAGAUUCUGUACUCAAAAUGGAGAUUACGUCAUACUGGAUUCCAGCUGGUCCAGCUUUGUGAACCCCUGGAGCCGGAAGGUUUCCUUCAUCAUUGGUCGGCAUAAAGUUCGGACGAGUCCACUAAAUGAGGAUGUUUUUGCUACAAGAAUAAAAAAGAUGAACAGUAAUGAAAAAGACAUAACAGAAUUACAAGAACAAAUUCAUAAACUUCUGUUGCAGCCUAUUCACAUGAGUACUUCCAGUGGCUAUGGGAGCCUGGGAAGCAGUGGUUCGCAGGAGCACCAGGUCAGCGUGGACUCUUCCAGCGAGUCGAGUGGGCAUUGCAUGGAGGAAGUGCAGAAGGAGCCGAUGACCUUGAAGCAGGUCUACGCCAGUGUGAACAAAAUUAAGAAUCUGGGUCAGCAGCUCUACAUCGACUCAAUGGCCAGGUCGUCAGUCAAGCCAGUGAUGGGGACAUGCCCAGAGCCCUCUGGUGGUGAUGAACAGAAGACCUCUUCUUCCUCCCCGACACUGAAAAAUAAAUGCAUGUGCACUGAGUUUUGUGAGGAUUUGAGGAAAGACCAGCACAGCUCAUCAUAUCAACAGAUGAACUGUAUUGACAGUGUCAUCAGGUACCUAAAGAGCUACCAAAUCCCAGCUCUGAAAAGAAAGUGUGUGUCCUCCACAAACACCAUGGCUUCGUCAUCAGAAGAGGAGAAGCCGAGCCACCAGGCAGACGACACCCAAGCAGUGCAAGCUGUGGCACAGACCCCUGCCAUGCCUCAGCCGAAAGUGCCCACAAAUGGACGGCCCACCGAGGCUGAAGCAGACCCGGCCGGAACCCUGUCCACUGCCACACUGAGCCUGGGGUCAGGCACCAGCCAGUGCAGCUACAGCAGCACCAUCGUCCAUGUCCCACCCCCAGAGCCAGCAGAGGAUGCUUCCCUAGGAUAUGAACCCUGGACCCUAAACACCCAGCCAGCUCCUUUCACUGCAGAAGAAUUCAAACAUGUAGGGCUCACAACCGCCUCUCUGUCAGCCCACACACAGAGAGAAGAACAGGAUUAUGUGGACAGGUUCCGGAAAAAGAUCUUCUCCUCGCCCUAUAGCUGCUAUCUUCAUUGCGAAAGCAGCAGCAAGGCCAGACGCUCCUGUGUUCAAGGAAAUUUCACUUCCAAGCAGAGCAGGUUAGCAGGAUGCAGAAAGGGGAAGCACAAACGAACGAAGCCACCAGUGCCCUUGGGCAGUAGCAGCUCCAGUGACAGCUUCUGUUCCCAGGCUGGGGGACCUCUUCAGGAUGUGCUGCCCUGGUGCCCUUCCACCCCGUCUUCUGCCUGCGCCUCGGGCUUGGGGUUCCCAGCUGCUGUGAUGGUUCCCAGCCAGUCCUCUUACCUCCUCCCAGCUUUUCCCCUGCCAGCCUGGGGAGCUACACCUGAAUGUCCACCUAAGCCACCUGUGUCCAGUGGCCUGGAGCAUCUGCCUGCUCUCCCUUCCCUGCACGUGGAUACUUUGAUGACCUUUUUCUUGCACGACCCCCAUAUCUGUCCUCUGUGGUCACCAUCAUUCUCUCCAUAUCCAUUCUUGGGAGCCACAGACUCUUCUGAAAUUCCUCCCUGGGUAUCAGCAAUGGCUCCAAAUCUGGAACUACCUCCUUCAGUCAACAGUGGGAGGGUGGAGGAAAAAUGGGAGAUGCAAAAGGAAGAGCACCUGUUCAUCAGUUCUCGGAGCAGCUCACCACUGCAGCUAGACCUACUCCAUGAAGAUGUGCCCGCGUCUCCUGAGCCUCCAGACGCAGUGAGAAGGGAUGCUGGCCCCGAGGCCACAGAUCACCGUGUUUCAGGUGGCGGUGGCAGCAGGAGCAGUUCUGCUGCUGGUGACCUCUCCCCAGCCCCACCCCACAAGGUGUCUCCAUCUGGAGCUGGUUCUGCAGCCGCAGGAAGCAGUGAUAGCUGCAUCUUCUUCACUAGUACUGAUUAUUCUUCUGAAAGCUCUGAAAAUGGGCAACAAUCUCAGGAUACACAGAAAACAAACGCCUUUCACAGUUUAGCUGAGGAUCCCAUCUGGAAAAUGAUAGCACAAACUCCUGAGUGUGUUCUGAUGACGUAUCAGGUGCCAGAGAGGGUUAAGGAAGUUGUGCUAAAAGAAGAUCUAGAAAAACUGGAAAGCCUAAAACAGCAUCAGCCCCAGUUUUCUCCUGGGCAGAAGGAAGAGCUAGCAAAGGUGCAUCCUUGGAUUCAAAGCCAGACUGUCCCUCGAGGAAUGCAUGUCCAACUGCACCACCUGUGAAGACAGAGGUUCAGCUGGUGACACUGCAGAGGCCCCUGGGCCGCAUCCAGGAGAAGACAGCAGCUGAGCCACCAUGAGGAUGUCCCUGCACAAGCUUUCCAGGGCACGUGUGACAGGCCUCCCUAUGUGUCUCUAAAGCUCGACUCACAAGUGACCACAAAGUCAUCAUCAACAUAAGACUUCCCACCGUGCUUUUUUAACAGACAUCAUUUUUCUGAAGCAGAAGCAGCAUUGUAUAUCGAAUCUUCUCUUUGUUCCUGAUGUGUUAAAACUGCCAAUUAGACUCCUUUUCUAGUUUAGCUGCCUUCUAGAGAGAUUGGAUUGCCUUUAAGAGGUAGGUGUAUGGUAAAAUUUUAUUUCAAAUAUCACCCAAAAUAAAUUAUGAUUAGAAGUACAGCUAAAAUGAGCCCACAGCUGAGCCUCUCUGGUCUGUCUGUUGCUGCCUGAGUCGUUCUCCCUGGUGGAGUGCGAGGAGCAGCACACCCCUGGGCGUGUGCCUCCGUGAUGGUCUCUGAAACGUGGUGCUCCCCUGUGACUCAGAGGACAUCCCAGUUUCCUGCCACCCAUUAAAGUCCAUUGUCCACUAGUAAAUCAGGAAAUAACUAUUUUUAAGGCUGGAUUUUUUACUUUCAUUCUUACAAAUGCAUUUUUACUUUUUUUUUUACCUGUCACUAAAAGGUUUUUCUAAAAAGAAUCCAUCAACUUAUUAAGGGGCUUAUUCUUUGGAGAACUUAAAAUUAGCAAUUGUAAAUGUAGUUAAAACAAAAGAGCUAUUUACUCAACCAAUAGUGUUUUUCUUUUUAAGAUUUUUUUAUUUUAAAAUAAUGAUUGUAAAAAGUGACAAAAGUUCUAUAAGUUAAUAUUCUUCUUAUUGCAUAUGUGUUUAACCAUUAACUUUUGCUUUCCACUGAAUUUACACAAAGAUGGCUUUCUGUGCUGAGCAGAGAUCUAAUUGGCGCUGCCUUUUGUUUGCCCUUGAACAGGGUAAGUGUUCUGAUACCCAGUGAGAAACCUCUGGGGAGCUCAGCGACCCCAGCCUCCCCAGCCCUCAGGGACUGCAGUCCUCAGGAGUCAUUGAUUUCUGUGUCACUUGCCAAAGAGUCUCAAGAAGUGAGUGUUGACUUGACAGAUUGGCUCACUCUGGUGCUCUUUAUAGAGAAGUCAUGGUUCCUUCUCAGACUUAGAAUGAUAUGCGUGAUCCACACCCAUGCAGCUCAGAAAAGGAAAUAGAAGAUGAAGGUCACAGUGACCUUGUAUUUUUAUAUAACUUACAACAAACUUAUUUUUUUCUUUGUUUUGUUUUUUUUGUUUGUUUUAGGAAAAGACUUCUUUCUCCUUUGAAGUUUCAUAACUUUUUCUAAAUGCAUCCUCAUAAUGAUUAGGCAAAUUGACCUUUUUGUCUGUGGAAUAGAUGGACCCUGAUUCUCCAAUCCUGUAGCUCAGAUUUUCUCCCAAAAUAGUGGGUUCUGGAUUCAGUCUUCAGGUAUCAAAAUCAGUUUCAAAUGCUGCCUUUGACAUUUCUUGAAAUUUUCUAGUAUCAAGCAUUCGCAUACAAAUAUUGCUGUUUUAUGAAUAGAGAACACUCAUAUUCUAUUCCAUCUUGAUAGUUAAAUGAUUUCUGAGGUCUUUUUGUGUUGAUCCAGUUGUUCUGGUAUUUUUUUCCCCUUGGUAAAAAAAAUCAGAUUAAAAAAUUAGCCUGUCCACUGACAACUUUCUAGAGUAAUGAAGUUCUUAGUUUGUGUAAAUCAAAGUUGGCAUUUGGAGCUAUCAGGGUCAUUCUGCCUUUAUGUGUGCGU